CCAAAUACAGUUCAAUGAGCAGCAGCUAGUGCGAGGAAGGGCUGCUCAUUCCUGCUGGGAAUCACAGGAGUUGUGGUGAACGCUGUAUCCCAUUUAUCCAGCCAGCACACAGACCUGUUAUGACUUGUUCCCAUACAACCAUAUCCCAUUGAAGGCAUCUUUCCCUGAGUUGGAGUCAUUGUGGAAUUUGGAUUUCUAUUAGAGGAAGGAAUAGCAGUUUUGCUCUGAUCUCUCUCAAUCGAGAAGAAAGUGCAGCAUUUGUGAUACAAAUAGCAUCCCAUGUGUAGUAAUGACUAAGGAUUGCAAAGGAGAGCACAUUGGAUCCGUUUUUCCAGAGGGAUCACUCUCAGUGGAUUACUAAUGGGACUGUACAUGAGCUAGCCCUUAUUCUGCACUGCCUCUGAAUGUUCCCAAGGGAGAAGUGAAAAGUAAAGUCUUUGAGCUAAACUACUAUGAGGUCAGAAGCUCUGCUGCUAUAUUUCACAAUACUGCAAUUUGCUGGGGCUGGAUUCCCAGAAGAUUCUGAGCCAAUCAGUAUUUCGCAUGGCAACUAUACAAAACAGUAUCCUGUAUUUGUGGGGCACAAACCAGGAAGAAACAACACACAGAGGCACAAAAUGGACAUCCAGCAGAUCAUGAUAAUGAAUCGGACAUUGUACAUAGCUGCUAGGGACCACAUCUAUACAAUAGACAUGGACGCUUCGCACACAGAAGAAAUCUAUUUCAGCAAAAAACUGACAUGGAAAUCUAAGCAGCCAGAUGUAGACACCUGCAGAAUGAAAGGAAAGCAUAAGGAUGAAUGUCAUAACUUUAUUAAAGUUUUACUAAAGAGGGAUGAAGAAACAUUGUUUGUCUGUGGAACUAAUGCUUUCAAUCCUUCCUGUAGAAAUUAUAGGAUGGACACCCUUGAGUUCUUGGAUGAAGAAAUUAGCGGAAUGGCAAGGUGUCCAUAUGAUGCCAAGCAUGCCAAUGUCGCUCUGUUUGCAGAUGGAAAACUUUAUUCUGCUACUGUGACUGACUUUCUUGCAAUUGAUGCUGUGAUAUACCGAAGUCUAGGAGACAGCCCAACUCUGCGAACGGUCAAAUAUGAUUCCAAAUGGUUAAAAGAGCCGUACUUUGUACAUGCCGUGGAUUAUGGAGACCUUAUCUACUUCUUCUAUCGUGAAAUUGCAGUGGAAUACAACAGCAUGGGAAAGGUGGUGUUUCCGAGAGUUGCCCAGGUUUGCAAGAAUGACAUGGGGGGUUCUCAGAGGGUGCUUGAAAAACAGUGGACUUCAUUUCUUAAAGCCCGAUUGAAUUGCUCUGUUCCUGGCGAUUCCCAUUUCUACUUCAACAUACUGCAAGCUGUUACUGAUGUGAUUCAUAUUAAUGGCCGUGAUGUUGUGCUUGCCACAUUCUCCACACCGUACAACAGUAUCCCAGGCUCUGCUGUCUGUGCUUAUGACAUGGCCGACAUCGCCAGCGUGUUCACAGGGAGGUUCAAGGAGCAGAAGUCACCGGACUCCACAUGGACCCCAGUUCCUGAUGAACGUGUUCCUAAGCCAAGACCAGGCUGCUGUGCUGGAUCCGCAACAGUAGAGAGAUAUGCCACCUCCAAUGACCUCCCAGACGACACUCUUAAUUUCAUUAAAACACAUCCGCUGAUGGACGAGGCGGUGCCCUCCAUAGUAAACAGGCCGUUGUUCCUCAGGACCAUGGUUAGGUAUCGUCUAUCAAAAAUUGCAGUUGACAUUGCCGCAGGUCCGUACCAAAAUCACACAGUGGUGUUUCUAGGAUCGGAGAGGGGAGUGAUUCUCAAGUUCCUGGCAAGGACAGGAUACAGCGGCUUCCUUAGUGAUAGUCUCUUCUUGGAGGAGAUGAAUGUUUAUAAUCCUGAAAAGUGUAACUAUGAAGGCACGGAGGACAAGAGGAUAAUUGGCAUGCAGCUUGACAAGCAGAACAAUGCUCUGUACGUGGCAUUUUCCACCUGUGUUGUCUGGGUUCCACUUUCAAGAUGCGACCGCCACAUGAAGUGCAAAAAGACUUGUAUCGCUUCCAGAGACCCUUACUGUGUUUGGUUGCGAGAUGCAGGAACAUGUUCACAGCUGCCACCUGGUACUAAAGCGCCAUUUGAGCAAGACGUGGAGCAUGGCAAUACAGACGGCCUAGGCGACUGCCAAAAUUCUUUUGUGGCAUUAAAUGACUUUUCAACUGCACCCCCUGAUCAGGAAAUAUAUUACACAGUGUAUGAUCCCAGUACAACCUCAAGAGGUCACGAGAGUUACGAUAGGGGUACUAUGCUGGACUGGAAGGACACCUAUGGCUCGUCUGAGAACACAGACCCCCAUGUGGCUGACUCUUUCCAUAAUCACCAGGACAAAAAGGGAGUGAUUCGUGAAAGUUAUCUCAAAGGUCACGACCAACUUGUUCCCGUCACGCUUUUGGCCAUUGCUGUAAUUCUUGCUUUUGUCAUGGGUGCAGUCUUUUCUGGAAUUAUUGUGUACUGUAUCUGUGACCAUCGCAGGAGGGAUGUGGAUGUGGGCCAGAGAAAAGAUAAAGACCUCAGUCAUUCACGCAGAAGUUCAAUGGCAAGCGUUACCAAGUUAAGUGGACUCUUCAGUGAUGGUCAGGGCAAGGAUCCUAAACCAGAGGCCAUCCUUACACCUUUAAUGCAUAACGGAAAACUUGCCACUCCAGGCACAACUGCUAAAAUGUUAAUCAAAGCUGAGCAGCACCACCUAGAUUUGGCAGCUUUACCAACUCCUGAGUCCACUCCGACUUUGCAACAGAAGAAAAAGCCUAGCAGGGGUAGUAGGGAUUGGGAAAGAAAUCAGAAUAUUAUCAAUGCCUGUACAAAAGAUAUUCCACCUAUGCCAUCACCUGUUAUACCAACUGAUUUGCCUCUUCGUGCAUCACCUAGCCACAUUCCAAGUGUGGUGGUACUUCCAAUUACACAACAGGGGUAUCAACAUGACUAUGUUGACCAGCCAAAACUUACAGAGGUGGCACAAAUAUCUAUUGAAAACCAGAGUUCAACUCUGGAGUAUAAAACAAUAAAAGAACACCUUGCCAGUAAAAGUCCAAAUCAUGGUGUUAAUUUGGUGGAAAAUCUAGAUAGCAUACCACCAAAAGUACCGCAGAGAGAGGCAUCAUUAGGCCCUCCGAGUUCCUCAGUGUCACAAAACGGAAUGGGAAAACGCAUAGACAUGCACUCUUCAUCUUACAGUGUGGAAUACAAGAGGAACUAUCCCACAAACUCGCUCACAAGAACUCACCAGUCGUCAACUCUCAAAAGAAACAACACUAAUUCAUCAAAUUCUUCUCAUCUCUCCAGACAUCAGAGUUUUGGUAGAGGGGACAACCCUCCCCCUGCUCCACAAAGAGUAGACUCUAUACAUUUCAAUGCUGCUCAAGGGCAGACAGUGACUCUAACUAGGCAGCCUAGUAUCAACGCCUAUAACUCACUGCCUCGAUCAGGCGUGAAACGUACUCCUUCUCUAAAGCCAGAUGUACCACCCAAACCUUCAUUUUCAUCAUCUAUUAUGUCCAAUGAUGCAUGUACAUAAUCAGAGCAGAAAGGUGGAAUACCAGCUGAACAGAAUUUGCCAUUUUGAGCCAGUGUACUGCAAUUUCAUCAAUAAACUUCAAUUUCCAAGAAGGCUGCUGUUAAGCUAAGGACUCUUUGGAAAGAAAAGUGAAAUAUUUUCUUAUGAAAUAAUGUGAUGUAUGGUUUAUGUUUGCAACUGCAGGACUUGCACACAAUCGAAACAGUUGUCGCUGAUAAUGACUUAACUCCAGAACAUCACAUCUCAUGAGCCAAAAGCACAAAGUUGAAUGUUGAAAGUUAUCUCCUGAAACUCCUCCUGGACUGGUAAGUGGAGGGUAGAAGAGUAACAGACAACGAAGAAGGAACUGACGCAUGAAUACAGAGACGAUGCUAACUUAACAUUAAUAAUGGCAGAUGUUUACUACGUGCAGAUACUGUGAAAUGCCCAUCAGUGUUACAGUCGCUUGAUUAGCAGAUGGAUGCCGAACUGGGUACAACUACUCCUUAUCUCUGCUACUCUUCUCUUUUUAAUGAAUAACAUGUGACCAGUUAACAAUAGUAACUUCAAUUAUUUAUUGUUCAUUUUGUCUUUCCUAAGGAAAUGACUGUCCUGCAAAUCACCUUCAGCUUUGUGGACAAAACAAAUAAAUGACAAGGACCUUAUCAUUCUUAUUUAACAUUAUACUGCUAACUGGAGUAGUUGAGUUAUUUUAUUAUUAUUUUUUCCAAUAAAUUGGCAGAGGAAAUGAUUUUGAGCUGGCAGUCUACAAUUUGUGUUUGGAUCAUGUUUAAAUCUCCUUCAUUUUCCAUUCCUUUGUUGUUCAUCACCGAUUUUUAAACAUUAACUCUUUAAGCUCCGGGAAUGGGUUUGUGACUUACUGAGUAGCAGUAUGUUACCAAACCAUCCAGCCUGGACAGGAUUAAAAAGGGAAAUAUUUAUUUUCCAAUCAUUGCAGGAAUUCACUGGCUGGGCCUUUGACUUUUUUUUCUAACACAAGCAAGGAUCUCAUUAAAAUUUUACUUCAAGUAGAACUUAUCUUCCUCUUCUCUAUUUACCAUUGCUGUCAACAUUGGCGUGUCAGUAGUGACUAUUUUCUGUGAAGGCACCAAGCUGUGUUGUGCCAUUUUACUUCAUAUUGCAUGUAAGUCAGAAAACGAAAUACACCGAUGGGUAAACUUGAGUAAUCUGCCAGCUUUGAAACCAUACAUUGACUGAUCUCACAGGUUGUUUAUGGGAGGAUUCUAUCUGUGAAUAACCUUUUCUUCCACAUGUAAAUUUGUGCCUUACACCCUCAGUUUUGUGUACUUGUGAGCUGUAGUACCUAAACCUUCCCCUUACAGAUAGUUCCAGAUAUUUAUUUACCCUUCUCCCGGACAGUGCUUGCAGUGCCAGCGGGGUAUAUUGGAGGUUUAAACACAGUAGUUUGGAGAAGAAUGUAGCGAUAAUACACAAAUCCAUGAUCCCACGAAAGUACUGCACUCUGUUUCUUGUGAUCAUUCUGGAUGUGCCAAUUUUGUCCUCAAACUACCCUUGUAUCAUGAUGACAGUAUGUCCACUGUUGUGGGUGGCAUUUUUUUUUUCUGAUCUUCUCCCCCUUGACACUAUCAUAUCAUUUCAGUAUGGUGAUAUUAUACAUCAGCUAAUGUACUGUCUCCACGUAUAGUGUGCAUACUGGAUGUAAUACGGAAAUGUGAUUGGCUGACUUCCGUAAGAACUGUCCUAACCACACUCACCAUAUGUAUGUGCAGUCUGAAAUGAAGUUAGAUAGUUUAAAGCAGGCUGGUUCCUGCUGUAAUUGAGUACUGCUAGAAUAGGGAAAACCAGAAGGACAUUACAAAAAUAAAGAUGCCUUUUGGUUAUUCCAGUUUCUAAUUCCUUUAUUUUUUUUCUUUAACCUUGGUUAGUUUCUGUACACAGGAUAUAUUUAAAAAAGAAAAAAAGAAAAAGAAAAAACUACUAUAACAUCGGUAUCAACAUACUUUAGAGACCUUGUUUUUGUCUUCUUCUUUUUUUUUACCUAAAAGAGCAUUUCAUUUUGGCUUUUAUACCUGUUUUGUCUGAUUUUAUUUUUUGAUUGAUUGAAAUGAGCUAUUUCAAGACUAAUCACAUAAGUGAUUUUUUUUUUAGAAAAUCAAGAUGGUAGAACAAAGUGUAUAACAAGGGUGGUUGCAUAUCAUUCCAUGUAUUCUUCUCUGAAUGGACAUUAUUAAUUAUAUUUUGUGUUCUCUGGAGUUCACACGUACCAUUUGUUCAUCAGUUUCUUAGGACAAUGUAUGUUUGUAUACCUUUCACUACAUUGAAUCCGGAAUGUUAUAUACAUUUUAUUAGACAGAGUAUACAGGGUUAUAUAUGAUGUUGAGGUAUAACUACUGGAAUUUGUUGAUGGUAUAUGUUAUAGUACAGUUGUAACCUAAGUAAAAACCACACUUUUAUGUGUUAAAAAUGUCAUUGUUUUAUUUUCCUGCGUGUCAUAAAGAGAUGGAAUUGGUUCAUUCUUUUUCCCUGCAUAUACCCUAUACCAUCGUUGUACAUGUCAUUGGCUUUAGGGUGAGAUUAACAGCAAUGGAGUGGGAGGAGUCAAAUUAAAGCAAUAACCAAUAAAAAUAUUCACUUAUAUAAAAAGUGGCUAACAUUCUAGUUUUAGAUAAACUUUUGAAUCAGAAGUUAAUAUAUUGCUAUAGGUCCAAUUUAAAAUACUUUAUUAAGUAAUUAUAGGUGUCUUGUUUGUGUAAGGCUUUUCCUUUGACUAAUGUACGUACAGUUUAGAAAUGGAAUACGUAAAGACUGAAUUCGUAAUGAACAAUAUUUACUGCAGGAAAUCAUGUUAGUACCAACAAUUUAAAAAAAUAACAAAAACCAAAUGAACAAAGUAAAAAAAAAAAUAGAGGGCGAGACACACAAAUAUAAGAAGUUAAAUGGGCCAGUAGGGUUGCGGAAUUUUUAAGUACUCCCGGAAAAGUAAAGAUCAAAACCUUAGGGCAUUUGUUUUAUUUAUUGUUUACAAUAACAUAAUUGGAUUUGCAAACUUUUUUAUUUAUAUUCCAUGUCUGCAGUGUUCUCAUGUAAACUCAUUUAAAUAUCCUGCAGUGAUAUAAGCAUUAUUAGAACGUUUUGUUUUUAUACAACUGGCCAUUUUGUUCUUGGCUAAUUCUGUGGGGAUUUUUAUAUUUAUUUUGAAUCAGGUUUUAUUCUGUUUUUCAUAAACCUAUGUGUGCCUUUGCUUUCCACCCUUGCUAUACACUGAGAGAUUGAACAAAUUCAGACUCCUAAUUAUGUAUUGUUGUAAGAUAUUGUAAUGUCACCAAAUUUUUCUUCAUCUCCACAUCCCUUAACAUCUGAUACACAAAUUAAUGUAUGUUGUACAAAAAAUGAAAAAAACGAAAAAUAAAAAAAAAUCUUUAUUACAUAAGGUAAUAAAACAGACUGUUCUACA